UGAAACCCUUUACGAAGACCCGAUAGAAGAAGUCGAAAGAAAACAAAUGAUUGCGGCAGGGUUACCAAAUCGAUCUGGAGAUCAAAUACGGAAGGCUAUGAAAGAAGCUGAAAGGCCUGAUUUACCAUUUAAAUAACAUGAAUGUAAAUAGUUUUAGUCAUGGUGCCAGCACAUCUAAAAUUCAAGUGACAAGUAAAUAUUUCUCAAAUGAAGCUGUACUGGAUGAAAGCCUAACUGAAUUUCAAGAGAAAAGAAAAAUAGCUGGCCCUAAAAAUCCUCAUAAGAAACCACCCAAGAGAAAAUGUCAAAAGCGUAUCAAGGGGCAGAAGGAUAUACGUACCCUUAUCAAGAAAAAAAAUGAUUUAAUUGAGUAUUCUAAAAAUUUUAAUAAAAUAUGUAAGAAUUCUGGUGUAGACAUUGACUCUGAACAAUUACAAUUAGCAAUUGCAUUGUCAAACUCCUUACAUGAUUCUAAACAAUGUCCAAUUGACACCGACGUAACAAAACCAUUAACAUCUCGUGAAAAAUGUAAUAGAAUUAGAACCACACUCCAAGAAUAUGGUUUCCAAGUGCCAGAAGUGAAGGCUACUAAUUUGAAUAAAAUAAAACAAAAAAGAUAUAAUUUACUGACAACUUCAGAUGAAGAGAAACAACAAAUAAUAUCUGCAAAAUAUAUGCAAAUUCUUUCUUCAAAUAGUAAUGAUAUAAUUAUUGAAAGUAAUUUAAAAAAGGACUCUAUUUAUUACAAAACUACUUGUAUGUUAUUUGAAGAAAUGAAAAAUGAUGUUGUAUUUUAUGUGAAUGGUUUGAUUGAGAAAUCUUUAAACACAAUUUUUUUACGAAAUUGGUCAGACAUACCAGGCAGGUGUCAAAGUCCAGUGUUUGAAGGGCCUUAUAUUGGCUUUAAUGAUAUAAUAUGCUCUCAAGAUGAACUGGAUGUAUUUCUUAGUGGCUAUAUUGCUAUUAUUCAGAAUAUAUGUUAUGUAAAACUAAGAAAUUAUAGUUUUCAAACAGGGAGACUAUUUUAUAAUACUUCUCAUGAAAGUGUUGAACAAGCAAUGUCGAGCAAAAUACUUUCAAAUGAAACACUAUCAUUAUCAUUGACUGAAAAAAUUAAUAAUUUGCAACAUAAAGAUAUUGAUAUAUUAAAUAAUGAUAAUGAAAAAAAUUAUAUAGUAAAUGAUACACUUUCUCAACCACUUUCAAUGGUGACUGAAUACAUAGAUUCAGAAACUGAUUUACAGGAACAAAAAACUGUUGCAUUUUGUGUUUCAAAAAGCUUGAAUGAAACAACAAUUUCACGCUACAUAUGUAAAUCUCCCGAUUUGUUUGAUGAAGAAGUAUCAACUAUAUUGAAUAUGUCUUCUAAAUUAUCAAAACCCAUAGUUAUAUAUGAUACAAUAGAUCUUACACAAUGUGUGCCUAGCAAUAUAAAACCACAAGUUGCUAAUGUAUCAAAAAGACUUGCAAAUGAUGUUAUGGAACUAACAGAAUGUAUUGGGAGGGAUUUUUAUUCUGAGGAUAAAAUUGAUUUGACACAAGAAUUAAAUGACGAUGAUACCAUUGUCUAUGUUGAUGAGGAUGUAAAUUGCAGAAAAACAGGGGGUUCUUUAGAAAUUUUAGAAUGUGAUAAAGUUAUUAUUUUAGAUGAAAUCAAUACAGCUUCAAUAGUACCUGAUUCAGUUGCAGAUGUAAUUAAAGAGAACAUACAAACAAUAGAUACCAUGAAUUUAACAGAAUCCUCUGACACAUGUGAUAGCUUCCCAGAUAUAAAAGUCAGAGGUGAAGAUAAAAAAGGUACAAUGGAUAAUAUAAAUGAUACUUUGUAUGACAAAUUAGUCACUGAAGAACCUAAUUUUAAAUCUAGGGAUAAUGAAAGUAAUAUUGAAACUGACAAAUUAAUCAGAAACAAUAUAAGUUUUUUUGUUAAAGAUAAUAGUUCUAAUGAGAAUAUUGAGUUAACCCAACCAAAAGAGUAUAAUUAUUGUAGUCGAAAUUCUGAUUUAAGUAAAAUGUAUAAUCUUGGCAAGAUAGAUAAUUUGUCUGUUGAUUAUGAUGACAUGUUUGAUCAGAUCAUUAAAAAUUCUACUAAUGCAUCUAAAUCAACUGAUAAUUCAAAUGAAUACAAUACUCAAAACAAAAACUCAAGUUUUUCGAACAGUGAAAAGCUAGCAAGUGAUUCUGAAUCUUACAAAUUAUCAGAUCAAGAAUUAAACUAUUCUGUAAAUAUUUGUGUUGACAGUAUUAAAAAUGAUUUUGAAGACUUGCCUUCCAUUGAUAUGAAUUGUCAGAAGAAUUCAGUAGAGUGCAUUCUUACACCUGUCAAAGAAAAAAACUUUGAGAUUAUCAAAACACCCAGCAAUAAUGAAUACAUUAUAAAAACAGUUGAUGUGACACCAAUGCAAAAUUUUGAAGCUAUGUCAUCGCCAGAAAGAAAUAAGGAACUUGAGAAAUAUGGCCUGAAACCUUUUAAAAGGAAAAGAGCAAUACAACUACUGACAUACAUUUACAAUCAAACUCAUCCAGUAGUUGAGUCAUGUGAGGAUGGGUCUCCUACAAAAAAGCAAAAACUGAAUUCUCCUCAAAAGAUUAUAACAGGAAACUUAAGCCAGUCUCCUAGAAAGUCUCAGAAAUCACCAAGAAAAAACAAUAUCUCUGUUAAAAAAUCGCCAGCAAUAUCUCAAGAUGUAUGUGAUAAAGAAAAUAUUUUUAUCCAAACUGAUAAUACACCAGCUAUAAAGAAUAUUGCUUGUGAACCAGAGGAUUGGGUGUUCCAGAAGAGAGAGAAAGCUAAGGUACAUUCUUGUCGUGUUCCAUUACAUAUAGCAUUCCACAAUUAUGUAUCAUGUCGCCGACUGCUGAGGGAAGCUAUUUUAUGUUAUGAACCAAUCAAUAUAGAUAUAGUACACAAGGAUUUAAUUGCUGCUGGCUAUAGAUAUAACCCCAAGGACCUCCUAAAAUUCAUGGAUAAGAAAUGUAUUACUGUGAAGACUGCCGAUAAUAAUGCUCGGAAUAAAAGAUGAUAGUUCUUUUUGCAAAAUUAUAUAACCCAUAGUACAUUUGAUUGUAGAAAUAAUAAUUAUUAGGGUAGGAGUAGUACCUAAGACUUAUUUUUGAUCUUUUACAAAAUAUAGUUAGUUAAAUUA